AUGGCAGCUCACGUCAAGGUCGUUGCGCGGUUUCGGCCUGCGCAAGUCCAGGGCGAGAGUCUUCGCUCAGGUGAUGAUGCGGUGAUUGUUGAGCAUCAUGACACGCAGUCGGUGCGACUGACGCGUGGCUCCGAUGCCGUGUUCACCUUUGAUCAUGUAUUUCCGAUGGAUACGAGCCAGGCGCACGUAUUUGACCACAGCAUCAAGGGCACAGUGAAUGAUGUGCUACAGGGCUACAAUGGCACGAUUUUUGCGUACGGCCAAACGGGCUCUGGCAAGACAUAUACCAUGAUGGGUGCAGAUAUCCAAGACGACCACACGCGCGGUAUCAUUCCUCGCCUCACAGACCAGGUGUUUCAGGGUAUUUUGCACAGUCCGCCAACGAUUGAGUACACCGUGAAGGUAUCGUUCAUGGAAAUCUACAUGGAAAAAAUCCGCGACUUGCUGGCGCCUGAUCGUAUCAAUCUGCCGAUCCAGGAGGACAAGAGCAAGGGCGUGCGUGUCAAGGGCCUCUCAGAGCACUACAUGAGCAGCCCUGAUGAAGUAUAUGAUGUCAUUCGAAGAGGCACAGGUGUGCGUGUUGUUUCGGCAACACGCAUGAAUGCUGAGUCGUCUCGCUCUCACACCAUUUUCACAUUCACCGUCCAGCAGCGUAAUACCGAGACGGGUGCCACCAAGUCUGGCUGCUUAUACCUCGUUGACUUGGCAGGCUCGGAAAAAGUGGACAAGACGGGCGCGAGUGGCCAAACACUCGAGGAGGCCAAGAAGAUCAAUCGGAGUCUGAGUGCUCUCGGCAUGGUCAUCAAUGCGCUGACAGAUGGCAAGUCUGCGCAUGUGCCGUAUCGGGACUCGAAACUCACACGCAUCCUGCAAGAGUCGCUGGGCGGGAAUUCACGCACGACGCUGAUUGUGAACUGCUCGCCCGUGGCGUACAAUGCGGAUGAGACGCUGUCUACGCUACGAUUCGGUGUGCGAGCCAAGUCGAUCAAAAACAAUGCCCGCAUCAAUGCCGAGCUGUCGCCCAACGAGCUGCGUGAGCUCGUUCGAAAAGCACAUACCCAGAUCCACACGUAUCAAUCGCAUAUCAAGCAGCUCGAGACGGAGGUCGAAGCGUGGCGCCGAGGUGAGUCUGUGCCUAUGGAUGCAUGGACCUCUUUCUUGGGUGAGCAGGCGCCUUCUUCGAAAGAUGUGUCGGCGUCUGCGGCGGUGGCACAAGAGCAACGGCUGAUAGAUCAGAACCGCACGUUGGAGGCGGAACUCAUGCAAGCGCGCUGGAAGCUGGAGGAGGUGCAGAUGGAGAACCGCGAGCUGAAAGAGCUGGCUGACACGGCGCCGUCUCAUGAAGCGCCUGCUGAGGUGCGGGUGGUGGAAACGCCUGCGCCGCGUACGAGUCGCGAGCAGCGUGUGGAAGAGAUGCUCCAGGCACUGGAAGGGCGCCAGGUGGCGCUAGAGCCGGUCAUGGCGUGCAUGAAGCCAUUGGUGUUGGCAUGUCGCCAAGCGCCCGACUUUCCCUUGCGUAUGGACCAGCUGGAGUGGCUGGAGGAAGAGUUCCUCCGGACGCAUAUGGCCUUGUCAGAGCAGGUCAUGUCGACGCGUAUUGCGACGCAGGAAAUGUCUGUGCUGCAACAGCAGAAGCAGGCGCUGGAAAGUCGAAAUGCGGCGCUGCAGCAGCGUUUCGAUCUGAUUACGAACCAGAUUGGCGCCCUCGAAAAUGGACUGCGUGUCGGUGAAGAAGGGGCUGUGCAACUGGCCGAGCUGCGGCACAUGCUCGAGGAGCACUCGUCGACGCACCUAGAAAACACAAGCUCCGAAACGCUGCAUCUGGAGCAGCUGCUAGCGAUACGGGGGGAGGAGACGGCUGGGCUGCUGCGCUCGCUGGAGGACCUGAAAGCAAGUCACGAAGAGCAGCGGCGUGCCAUGACACUGCUGAGUGCGGCUGUCGUGCGUGGUGACGAGCGGGGUCCUGAUCCAGCGUGCGUGCAGCGCCUGGUCGAUGCGUCUCGGCAGAUGGAGAAGGCGCGUGAGCUUGUGACGCUGCGAUUGCGCGAGUAUGAGCGACUGAAAGAGCGGCUCAUGGAGGGUCUGCGGGAGCGGAGUGAGCGUGUCGUGGACCUGGAGAUGGAGCUGGAGGCGAUGCAGGAUGAGUACCGUGUGCUCCUCCAGAACAUGGACUUUGGCACGCAGAAGCGCAAGAUGGCGGUCAUUGAGCGACGCCUCGAGCAGCUGAUGGGUGUGCAGCAGCGUCUUAUUGAGCAAAAUGCGACGCUCAAACGGGACGUGGCUCUGGCGGAAAAGCGCCUGGCCUCGCGUGCGGACACUAUAGAGGAGCUCGAGUGGCGACUCGAUGCACAGAACGUCGACGAGGCAUGGGACUCGUCGACAGAGGCGCAUGCACGCAUUGCCAAGCCGCUGCGUGGCGGUGGGGCCGAGUCGACGGCUACCCCGCAAACGGCGCGCCGCUGGUUUUUUCACGCGUAG